GGGCUCACAAUCUCUCUAGAGCCUACGACCAGCUCUUUGGAGCAGGGGCUGGGGACGUGCCUCCGAGUCCCCGCCCCUCCUGUCACGCCCACAGGCCAAGGCAGGGGGCGGACCUCGCAGACGUCCCGGCUGAAGCUAUGCGGCUGCCCGCGGUACGGCUGGUGCGGCUAAGCCGGAUACCGUACACCGAGCUGCUGGCCCUGCAGGAGCGCUGGCUGCGGCGGCUACAGGCCGAGCCAGGCACUGAGGCGGGCGCGCUCCUGCUCUGCGAGCCCGCGGGGCCCGUGUACACAUCCGGGCUGCGCGGCGGCCUGACGCCGGAGGAGACGGCGCGGCUGCGGGCCUUGGGCGCCGAGGUACGCACCACAGGCCGCGGUGGCCUGGCCACCUUCCACGGCCCAGGCCAGCUGCUCUGCCACCCGGUCCUAGACUUGCGACGCCUGGGCCUGCGCCUGCGCACGCACGUAGCGGCGCUGGAGGCGUGCGCCGUGCGCCUGUGCGAGUUCCAGGGCUUGUCCGGUGCUCGCGCGCGGCCCCCGCCCUACACUGGCGUCUGGCUUGGGGAGCGCAAGGUCUGCGCGAUAGGAGUCCGCUGUGGAAGGCACAUCACGUCCCACGGCCUGGCUCUGAACUGUUCUACAGACCUUGUGUGGUUUGAUCACAUUGUCCCCUGUGGGUUGGUUGGGACAGGUGUCACCUCUCUGAGUGAGGAGCUCCAAAGGCACGUCACUGUGGAUGAAGUAAUACCACCUUUCCUUGAGGCCUUUAAAGAGACCUACAAGUGCACGUUGAUCUCAGAGGACAGCUCCAACUGAAGAGUGUUCAUGUUAUCACAGCUGGGAGGUCCUGCUUGAAAAGCACCAAGACUGACUUGGGAGUCACUGAAACCCAGAUUCUAGACUUGGCUCUGUCAUUCAGUCACCAUGAGACUAUGAGCAAAGCAUGACCUCUUAGCCAUUGUUUCCAUAUGUUUGCUGGUUUAUUUAUAUCUUCUCACCUACCUCAGAAACAGUAGAUGUGAAAACAUUAUGAAAAGAAACACAUGCUAUGUAAAUGUAACAUUAGCACUACUGACACCCCAUUUUCUCAGCUUAGAGAAACUCAGAUAUAGAGAAUCCGUUCUCAAAUAUUUAUUACCUCCUAAAUAAUGUAUUUAAUUGGGCAAUUCUGGGCUCCAGUUCCUUUGAUUUUGUGGGAAUCAUAUCUCUAGAUAGCCCAGGUGAGGAUGAUAUGUGGGGAGCUUUAUGCAAUAAAAGGGAAAGGAAUCUUUAAAGAAUAAAAUGAGAUCUUGACUUCUUGCAUUGGAUUGCCAAGCCUGAUAACUAUUUUUAGUUAGGUAACCUGAGUUAGACCAGAGCCCAGGAAAAGACAAGAAUAAUUUCUCACACUGUACAAAUGCCAAAGGUAGAAGUAUGUUUUCCUUAAAUGAGAUCUCUAAAUUUAUAAGGCUGUGUAUUAACUAUUCAUUGCUAUGUAACAGAUCACCCCAAAACUUAAUGACUUAAAACAAUAAACAUU